AUGAAUUAUGAAAAAAGGCGCCUUGUGGGCUGUCGCUACUGCCAAUUUUCAAAUAUCACUGACUUUCGUACGACUUAUGGUUCCCGGAAGGCAUUUAAAACAGCUUUUAAAGCUAUAAACAGUUUUGAAAACUUCGAAGGGGUAGCAUUUUUAAGGACUUAUACACCAUCCCACUUUGAGAAUGGGUUGUGGAACCAAGGUGAGAAUUGUGUAAAACAGAGGCCAUUUAGAAGCAAUGAGACUAUUUUGGAAUGUGCAAAUUUGGAUCUUUAUAUGACUCCAAUUGAGGGAUUUAAGGUUGCAGAAAGAGAAGGGAAGAAGAAGGGGUCCAGAUUCAGAUUAAUUGAUGUAACACAGGCUAUAUUGUUGAGGCCAGAUGGGCGCCCCAGUAGAUAUGGGCAUUGGCCAAAUGAGAAUGUAGUCAUGUAUAAUGAUUGUGUGCAUUGGUGUUUGCCUGGACCUGUUGAUUCUUGGAAUGAUUUCUUGCUCAUUUGUUGA